UCUCUCUCCCUCUCCCUAUUAUUUUAACCACCACCAUUCUCUUUUUUAGCUUUACUAUAUAUCCCUGUAUAUGUAAGCAUUAAGCAAAAGUGAUCGUAAUAAGCUCGGCGGACUUAUUCAUAAGCCUAGCUAAUUAGUAAUUACACCUCCUCACAAGAGGAAAAGGGCGGCUUUUGACUCCACUCCCCCCAUUUUUUUCUCUAUAUAUUAUUUUUAGUACUUAUUAUUAUUAGUAGUAGUAUUAGAAUUUGUAUUUGUUGUAUUUGUAUUUGUUCCACUCCAUCCACCUAGCUAUUUUCAUCAGUUACUCCUCUCUCUCGUUUUCUCCUCCUCCCCUUCUCCCUCUCUUCUCUCUCUCUCUCUCUCUCGAUUGAGAGUCAUGGAGAUCAAAGAAGAAACUAUGGGAUCCAAUUACAGUGGCAACGGUGUAGGCGGUGGUGGCGGCGGCGCCAUAGCGGCGUUCGCGAAGGGCAAGCGCACCAAGCGGCAGCGGCCCGGCCCGGCGGUGGGGGAUUCUUCGUCGGGGUCGUCGGCGGCGUCUGCGAGCGUCAUCACGGAAGAGGACGAGGACAUGGCCAAUUGCCUGAUCCUCCUCGCCCGCGGCCGCUGCGCAGCUCCUGCCGCGACCGACCAACAUCCGCCGCCGGGGACAGCCGUCACGGGCGUCUACGAGUGCAAGACGUGCAGCAAGUGCUUCCCCUCCUUCCAGGCGCUCGGCGGCCACCGCGCCAGCCACAAGAAACCGAAGCACGCGGCUGCCCUCGCAAACGCUAACGUUUACGAGGAGAUCAAUAGGAAGCCGCCCGCGCCGCCCAUGCACGACGAAGAGCCGGUGCAAGUCGUGAGGCCGACGGUCGGCGCCGUCAAAUCGGCGAGAGUCCACGAGUGCUCGAUUUGCGGGUCGGAGUUCAAUUCGGGGCAGGCGCUGGGCGGGCACAUGCGGCGGCACCGGCCGCUGAUCGCGGUGGCCGUCCCGGAAGAGCCGAAAAGCGAGAGGACAAGCGUUGUUCUCGAGCUGGACCUCAACCUCCCCGCCCCCGCCGACGACGACGACGACCACCACCACGACCAAAGCCUCGAUCUCGUCCACCGCGGCUUCGCCUUCGGCACCGCCGCCGCCGCAGCGAAGCGGCCUCUCAUCUUCUCCUCGUCAGGAUCGGCUUUGGUGGAUUGCCAUUACUAAAUGCCAAAGCAAACCUUCUCUGGUUCUCUUCUCUUUCAUUUGGUACAUUUCUUUUUUCUUUUUNUUUUUUUUUUUUU